UUCGUACAUCAGAGAAUGUGCGACGUGUAUGAGACGUAUAAAAUGUAUUAUCAUUUUCUAAAUUGUUUAGAAUUAAAUAGGCAUUAAUUGUAAAGUAAUAACCGGUAAUGUAAGCGCAUUAAUAUUUUCAAUUUUUUAGAUAACCGCAAAUUAAGGAAAAGUUAUCAUUUUAUUCAAUAUUUCACUUACAUAUUUAGAAUUUUUAUUUUUGAAGUAAACGGCCUUCGUUGUUCUAUUAAAACUUCACCGAACGAAUUAUAAUAAUAGUCGUACUAAAAGUUUCUCCAGUCUGUGAUAUAAAUCUAUCUGCUUUAUAGUGAUUUUAUAAUUUAAACUUCUAUUAAAUGUUGUAGUUGUACAUAUUAAAUUAAACGAAAUGUUUCACGGUAAAUUGAGAAUACACACGUGUCGGGUUGUGCUGUUAACGUCCUUAGUUUGGUUUUUGAUCGACGUUAUUAUAUUAUCGCUUUAUUCCGAGUGUCUCGGCGGUACGUGUAAAAAGGCAGGCGAGUACGACGUUGAAGUGGCCGAGGCUCUGGUUGCAGUUACUCACGAGGAGAAGGACGUUGGCGAAAAUCAUCUAAAUAAAAGGGACGAUAAUCGAAGUAUAAAAACAGCGGCGACAUACAAACCAUCGGAAUUAAAAAGAUGGAGACCUGCACCGACCGUGACCGGUGUGCCUGGGAAGCCGGGCGAAAAUGGAAAGGCUGUACACAUCCCUCCAGAGAAAGAAGCGUUAAUGAAAGAGAAAUUUAAAAUCAAUCAAUUUAAUCUUAUGGCUAGUGACUCAAUAUCUUUGAAUCGAUCUCUACUCGAUGUACGAUUGGAUGGGUGUCUGAAAAAGAAGCUCCCCAAAUUGCUACCGACAACAUCGAUAGUUAUAGUGUUCCACAAUGAAGCCUGGUCGACGUUGCUCCGAACUGUAUGGAGCGUUAUUAACCGUUCACCACGACCACUUCUUAAGGAAAUUAUUCUGGUGGACGAUGCGAGCGAAAGAGAUCACUUAGGUUACACGUUAGAACAGUACGUUAAGAAACUACCAGUUCCUGUAUAUGUAUUUCGAACGGAGAAACGUUCGGGCCUAAUUCGCGCGAGACUUUUGGGCGCGAAACACGUGACGGGCCAGGUGAUAACGUUCCUGGACGCCCACUGCGAAUGCACGGAGGGCUGGCUAGAACCGCUACUGUCGCGAAUCGCGGAGGAUCGCAAAACGGUCGUCUGCCCGAUCAUCGACGUCAUCUCGGACGAAACGUUCGAGUACAUCACCGCGUCGGACAUGACGUGGGGCGGAUUCAAUUGGAAGUUGAAUUUUAGAUGGUAUCGAGUGCCUCAGCGUGAAAUGGACAGGAGAGGCGGCGAUAGAACGGCACCUUUGCGCACGCCCACAAUGGCGGGCGGAUUGUUUUCCAUUGACAAGGAGUACUUUUACGAGCUGGGGUCGUACGACGAAGGCAUGGAUAUUUGGGGCGGAGAAAAUCUGGAGAUGAGCUUUAGGGUGUGGAUGUGUGGGGGUAUACUGGAGAUAGCGACAUGCUCGCACGUCGGCCACGUGUUUCGUAAGUCGACGCCCUACUCGUUUCCCGGGGGUACCAGUCGCAUCGUCAAUCACAACAAUGCCCGACUUGCCGAAGUUUGGCUUGAUGAAUGGAAAAAUUUCUACUAUAAUAUUAACCCAGGUGCGAGAAGUGUGCCGGUCGGCGACGUGAGUCCCAGAAGAGAGUUGCGUGAACGGUUGCAGUGUAAAAGUUUCCGAUGGUACUUGGAGAACAUUUAUCCGGAAUCACAAAUGCCUUUAGAUUACUUCUACUUGGGAGAUAUUCGCAACGUCGAGACCCAAUCGUGUCUGGAUACGAUGGGUCGAAAAUCGGGCGAAAGCCUAGGAAUGACCUACUGUCACAAUUUAGGGGGGAAUCAAAUUUUCGCCUACACCAAACGACAACAGAUUAUGUCCGAUGACAACUGCUUGGACGCUAGCAAUAGGUAUGGACCCGUGAAGCUGGUGCGGUGCCACGGCAUGGGAGGCAAUCAAGCAUGGGUGUAUGACGACGAGGAUAAAACAAUCAAACAUGUGAAUACGGGUAGUUGUUUGCAGAAGCCGGAUCAAAGUGAUAUGAACUUACCUUUGUUACGUGCUUGUGACUUUAGCAAAAGCCAACAGUGGAUUAUGAAAAGUGAAUUUAAGUGGCAGGCGAAUCGGGUAAAUAACGACAGAUAGGGUAACUUAUAUUAAUAUUUGUUGGCAACGUUAGUUAUGAUCUACCAUACAUAUCUCUGUUAUUAACUUAACUAAAUUUUAAUACGUACGGAUUUCUCUUUCUUUGUCUUACUAGAGUAAUCGAUAGGGGGUGUUGUGCUUGUCUUUACUGCGUUAUGAAAUUUUUAUGCAUCUUGUUAACACAUUCUUCUGCGUGGGCAAGGGUGAAAUUGUUAUAUUUACACAUAUUUAUUACUAGUCAUACUCUUCUACUAUGGGGAAUAAGGCUGAAGACUUCUAAGACCCUUUUUUAUUGUUUAUAAUUAGCGACUAAAAAUGUGUUCAAAACAAACGGUAGGCAAUUUAAGUAUACAUAUCUUUGCCGAAUAUACUUUGUUAUUAAAGGGACCUGUACGAAUGUCUCUCCAUAAUUUCAAGUAGCACAAUUCUUUGCAAAAAGCUCGGUAGUUCAUCAGUAUUAUGGUAAAUUUCUUUAACGAUAACUAAAAAAGGAAUAUACAGGGUAUUACCAAAAUAGUGCCAAACUCUUGUUUGCUGUUGUCAGAUUCCUUUAGUAACAGAAUAUAAGAACCGGUUUGAGCUUAAAAUGAAAACUCUUAACAUUCCAAACGCAUUUAUCCUUGAAGUCGAACUACAUUGUAUUAGGAUUGCUUUAGCUUUACUCGUGUUUGCUCAAAUGACUGGUCAUUUAUUUACCAUUCCACUUGUGUUUUAAAUCUUCAUACCGAACGUUGCCAACUGAAGUGUUUGUAACUGGUCGUUACAUGAUCGAAAUUUCUUCCUAGUUCUAAAAGACUUCAGAAAUGUAUUAAAAAUAUCAUAAAAUAUUUACAAGUAAGUACUGCCAGGUUGUACAUAUAGCUUUAGACGCAGCUCAUAAAUGGUUUGAAAUUGAAAAUCUUGUCGAAAAUUUCACUACUAUUUAUCUAUUGUAGCAUAUCAUAAUGGAGCAAUGUGUGAAGUACUACUCUCAAACUAGAUUAUUUUUUUAUUAUCAAAACCCAACAACUCGGAUUGUCUCAACUUACCAGUACUUAAUGCUUACGAACGCCGUAAUUUUAAAUCUAGAUGUGACUUUUUUCUUGCAUACGUUUUAACAUCCGAAACAUGGAUUUUAGCUCGAACUAAAUUUCUUUGGACGGUUGACGAGUAUUUGCAAGCUUGUUGGUAUUUUGUGAUUAUUUAAAAACUAGUGAAUCGUUUUUGUUGUGUAUAUUUAUUUGAUUCAAGUUUGUGUGAUUGAAUCGACGAUUGUAUAUUUUAUUACAUCCUUUUCAUAGAAUAAUUACCACUAAAACAUAUCGACAUCGAAAGUAUUCUUGGCUCAUUUAGUUGUAUAAUUUAGUUUUAAGCAUUUUGUUACAUUGUAAAACAACCAUUCAACUAUUGUUAGUGUAAAAUUACCAACUUUGUUAGAUAUUUAUAUAUUUUUUUUUGUCUUUAUUUGCGACGUACCAAAUUUUAUAGGCUAGGUGGUGGUGCAAUCCAUAGCUUAUAUUCUAAAUUAAAUUCUAAUUGACAGUA